AGCGGAAAACAGCGGACCUGCCUGUCAUUCUGGGUGGAGCAAGAUGGCGGCGUGCAGCCUGCAGAGAGUGCUGGAGAUACAGAGCCAGCUGGAGGGCGCCUUGUUGGAGGCGGAGAGUGAGGGGGAGAGGGAGAGGCUGAUCCUGCAGUAUUUGGAGAAGGUGAUUGGCCGGGCUGAGGAGCUGACAAUCCCUGACUUCUCUCCAGGUUUGGAAUGGCUGAAUACAGAAGGUGCCAUCUCUCUACACAAAGAUCUAUGUGGAAAAAUUGUGAUUUUAGAUUUCUUCACAUAUUGCUGUAUCAACUGUAUGCACAUCCUCCCUGACCUGCAUGAGCUGGAGCACCGCUACACUGAUACAGAUGGUCUGGUCAUUGUUGGCGUGCACUCAGCCAAAUUUCCCAACGAGCGAGUUCUGGAGAACAUUAAGAGCGCCGUUCUUCGAUACAACAUUACCCAUCCUGUAGUGAAUGAUGCAGAUGCUACCUUGUGGCAGGAACUGGAAGUGUCCUGUUGGCCCACAUUGGUCGUGUUGGGUCCUCGGGGGAACAUUCUAUUCUCUCUAGUUGGGGAAGGAAAUAAAGAGAACCUGUUCCUUUUCACCUCUAUGGCCUUAAAAUUCUACAAAGAGAGGCAAGAGAUCAAUUCCAGUCGAAUCCCACUCCAACUCUACCGGGAUUCCUUGCCCGCCUCUCCAUUGCUCUUCCCUGGAAAGGUGGCCAUAGACUCAUCUGGCGAGAGGCUUGUGAUUGCCGACACUGGUCACCACAGGAUUUUGGUUGUGUCCAAGGAAGGGAAGGUGCUUCACAGCAUCGGAGGAGUUGAGAGCGGACAGAAAGAUGGACGAUUUUCAGAAUGCUCCUUCAACUCCCCACAAGGAGUGGAUAUCGAUGGCAAUAAUAUCUAUGUGGCCGACACGGAGAACCAUCUGAUCCGGAAGAUCGAUCUAGAAACAUUAACGGUGAGCACAAUAGCUGGCACUGGGAGUCAAGGAGUCGACAAAGUGGGCGGAGCUCAGGGAAUACAGCAGCCAAUCAGCUCGCCUUGGGAUGUUGCUGUUUUUCCACCAGGUGUGCUGUGGAUAGCCAUGGCUGGGACUCAUCAAGUCUGGGCUCUGUUAUUAGAAGAGGGGGCAUUGCCCAAGGGAAGCGUCCUCUGUAAAGGAACAUGCAUUCGGUUUGCUGGAAGUGGAAAUGAAGAGAACAGGAAUAACUCUUACCCUCACAAAGCUGCCUUUGCUCAGCCAUCUGGACUGACUGCUUGCCCUACGGAGUCGUGGAACUGCCUUUUUAUAGCCGACAGCGAGAGCAGCUCCAUCCGCAGCGUAUCGCUGAAAGAUGGCGCCGUCAAACACUUGGUUGGAGGAGAGCGAGACCCAAUGAACCUGUUCGCCUUCGGUGACGUUGAUGGGGUUGGAAUUAAUGCCAAACUGCAGCACCCAUUGGGGGUGGUCUGGGACCCGAAGCGGAAUCUACUGUAUGUGGCCGAUUCCUACAAUCACAAAAUCAAAGCUGUGGAACCAAAGAGCAAGAAUUGUGUCACCCUGGCUGGCACAGGAAAAGCCGGUAACUCCAUCGGUCCCAGUUUUGAGCAGACAUCUUUUAAUGAGCCAGGCGGUCUCUGUGUUGGUGGUGACGGCCAUUUGUUGUAUGUUGCGGACACCAAUAAUCACCAAAUCAAGGUUUUGGAUGUGGAAACCAAGAUGGUCUCUGUGCUUCCUAUCAUGCACAGUGAUGCAGCCGAUAUUGUGGACAGUGGCCCGCCAAAGAGAAUUAUUAACCCAAAGCUGCCUAAAUCCACUCCCAACAUUAACCUGGAAACCUUAACUGUGUCACCCAGCAAAACCUUAAAAUAUUCGUUAAACCUCAAACUCCCUUUGGGUGCAAAGUUAACCGAAGGAGCCCCAAGUUUCUGGUUUCUCUUCACAGAAGGCCACGAAUGGUUACUUGCUGGGCAGAAAACCUAUGGGGAAAUUCUGGGUCUCUCCAAACCAAGCCAGAUUGAGCUUGCCAUCCCGCAGGAGUUCCAGUCCCCUGAGGCAGUGCUGAAAGUCGGCGUCUGCGUGUAUUUCUGCACCAAGAACAGCAACUUGUGUACGAUGAAGUCUGUUUCCUUUACUCAUCCUUUACAAGUGACCGUUGAUGACACAGGCUACCCGCCAGCUCUGGACCUCGCCUACAGCUUUUAGGAAGCGGAACACAACUUGCUGCGGGCCAAAGUUGGCUUUUGAUAUGGCUGUUCUUGUCACGCCUGGGGCACACGAUAAAAAGAGGCCAGAACAGUCUUGUUUACAAAAAUACAGUUUUUUGAUGGCUUCCACUGUCUCAAAACUGCAUGAAGAAAAGUUGUACUUAACGUUGUACAUUUUGGGGAGUCCAAAGUCCUGUCUGCUGUCCAGAAGUCCUUCAUAGAGAACUUGAGAGAUUAUCAAUUGAAUUGUACAAGUACUUAAAGUGAACCUUUGGCCAUGAUACUCUACAUUCAAGUAUUUUUAUAGUCUUGGCAAGUAGUAAAUUAACUUUAAAGGCCUCAAUGACGUCUGUAGCUGCAUGUACUGUGAAGUAGUUAAUCUUCAGAGUUUAUAUCAGAAGCGCUCGGCUCAUUCUCCCAACACUGACUUAGCAGGUCAGCUGACCCUCCAAGUGGUGACUGAGAAGCCUAGCUGACCCUGCUCCCCACUCCCAGCAGCUAUUCAGCAACUCAGCCCACCAUGCUUUACCCUCCCAGUUGCAACUCUGUAGAUUAACUUCCAACUCACCCUACUCUCCCCUUCCAUCACUGACUAAGCAGCUCAGCUUUCCCCUGGAGCAGUGACUUAGUAGCUCUGCUUGCCCUCUGGUAACUGACUCAACAGCUCGGCUCACCCUGCGUCUUUCCCAGCAAUGACUUGGCAGCACUCUGGUUUUAUAUUGAAACAUAGAAUGCUAAACAAGAGCUCUGGGGGUGGGAUAAGCAAGAUAAGCUUAGCAGCUGAGAGAAGCAUUCGAUUGCUUUUGCUGUAAGCUUUGAGGAUGAACUUCUCCUAAGUACCUGCAGCUACAGAGGAAAUGUUUUAAAGCUCAUUUUACUGUUUUAAACCCUAUGAAAAUACUUGAAUGUCCAUAGCCAGGCCUUUAAUCAUCACUAGUGUUGGGAUCAAAUAAAAAGGAUGCAUCGGACAGAACAAGGGAAUUUCCUGUGUGUUACACCACUGGCUGCCUUUUCCCCAUUGAAAAUAUAACACAGCACUUAAAGGGGGUUAUUUGCUAAAGGCAAAUCCAUGUUGCACUACAAGUGCAAAGUGCACUUGAAAUUGCAUUGAAAGUGCACAUGGAAGU